UAUUAUUUUUCGAUUUUUGAAAAUUGGUGAAUGUUUCUGAAAUGAAUUUUAUUUUACAGUGAUAAACAAAAUGUUUUGUGAAGUUUGCGGCAUAGUUGAUGAACAUUAUGAUGAAAAUGCGCUUGUUUUUCAUAAGGAUACGCCUAAACAUUUAUGCAACUUAAUAUUACUAAACUACAAACACAAAAAACGGUUGUUCAGCAAGAACCGAGAUGGGGUGAUAAUUUUGUGUAGUGCUAAAUAUAUGUCAGAAAACACUACUGGUGUAACUGUACAAGACAGCGAUCACCACAAAAUCAUAAUUUAUGUAAAACCCAAUGAACAAGUGACAUUUUCAUUCAGCAUUCAAAAUGAUAUGAAGAAUGAGGAUUUACUGGUGAUAGGUGUACAACUAGCUCACCCGCAGCCACAAUUUAUAAUGUCCAAACAUCCCUACAUUUUUGGAAAAGAUCCCAAUAUUUUGAUGAAAAAAUCGUCUAUAAAGGAAGAUGUUAGUGUCAAUUUUAAAGCAGUGGAUAUUGGGCAGUACGAGAUGCCUAUAAUGUUUACUUUUCAUAGAAGAAGUGAUGAGAAAAACUUAAUAUUCAUACGUGAAAUGGUGAUCCUGGUACAAGAGGAGUUUUUAUUACUAGGAAGUAACAAAAGUCCAUACACUUCUUCAAAUUGGGAGAAAGCUGAUCAUUUCGUCGAGUCAACUACACAUGUGCCUUAUCAAGUUAAAUACAAAAUUCCAAAGUUAUUGAAAAUUUUACUGCCCCGCGGUCUUGACGAGAAGGCUUUGGAGGAAUUGAAAGAAUCUUCUGAAAAUCUAAUGAAGUUGAGGAAACUAUUAAUAUCUACCAGAGCAAUAUUCGAUGAAGGACCAACAAAAAACAACUACAUGUUAUACUUUCACCAUUUGCUCUGGUGGGAGGAAAUUAUUUCCAGAAUUAAUUUAAGGAAAUAUAAUAUGGCAGGUGUUCAAAUUGAACAAAGAGGAGAUGUUUUUGUGCUGGAAGUGCCCGGUUUGGCUGAGAAAAGACCGUCGCUACUAAGAGGCGAUCGGGUUUUCAUCCGCCCAGCGACAGCUCAGAAUGUGAUAUUCGAAAGUGUCAUCAAGAAUAUUGAUGAUUGCCAUAUUCACUUGUCUAAUAUUGAUCAAUCGUUCGCGCUGGUCUACAGCGCCGACGCGACGUACGACGUGCGCUUCCUGAUGUCGCGCGUGCCCGCGGAGCGCAUGCACGAAGCCGUGUCGGCGCUGUUCAGCAGCAAGCAGGAGAGCCGCGCGUUCCCCCGCGCCGCGCCGCGCGCGCCGCCGCCCCGCGCGCUCGCCAAGUUUUAUAACCCACUAAUAGCUGGCAAUGCGGAACAAAAGUCGGCGGUGGAGCACAUCGUGGCUGGCACUUCGGGCUUGGCGCCUUACAUCGUGUUCGGGCCGCCGGGAACUGGAAAAACUAUGACUAUUGUCGAAGCUAUCAUCCAGCUGGUAGUGCGUAAUACGAAAAAUCGCAUUAUGGUGUGCACUGACUCCAACAUGGCGGCGGACCACAUUGCUCUGAUGUUAAUGCAUUACAACAAACAGCUAAACAUAAGCAACUUCCUCCUUAGAGCCAGCUCGCAGUCUAGAGAAUGGAGCGUGAUGCCGCCUGCGCUGGCGGGCGUGUCCAACGGCACGAGCUACGAGAGCUUCUUCUCCGUCAGCAACGUGUACGUAUCCAGUUACAGGAUCUUCGUCACCACGCUACUGCACGCUGCCAAAUACGGAUCGACGAGGAGCCAAGCGGCGUACAAAUUGCAAAUGACGCAUCUGUUCAUCGACGAGGCGGCGCAAGCGUCGGAGCCGGCCACGCUGGUGCCCGUGACGGGGCUGCUGGCGCCCAACGGGCACCUCGUGCUGGCCGGCGACCCGCAGCAGCUCGGCCCCGUCUGCAUAUCCAAGGAGGCGACAGAUAGAGGGCUAGGUCAGUCGCUACUAGCACGGUUGAAGCAAACACACGAAAACCUUUACACAGAUACAAACUAUAUAACGAUGCUUGUCAAAAACUUCCGAUCGCAUCCGGACAUUUUGGCAAUACCAAAUGAAUUGUUUUACGAUAAUAGUUUGGAACCCUUAGCAACCUUAGACCCACUCAGUGACAAGAACAUCCUGGGCUUGGAGGGCCCAGAGGGCGCAGUUGUGUUCCACGCCGUGCACUCGCGCGAGCAACGCAUGGGUAAUGCGCCCAGUUACUUCAACGAAAAAGAACUUGAAAUGCUGAAGAGAUAUACAAAGGCUUUAAUUGAAAAGCACCAAGUGUCUCCCAAAGAUAUCGGCAUCAUCGCUCCAUACAUUAGACAAGUGUACAAGAUGAAAGGCUGGUUGACCAGUGAGAACUAUAAAGAAAUUGAAGUCGGCACGGUGGAGUCGUUUCAAGGGAAGGAGAAAAGAGUUAUCCUCGUGUCUACAGUGAGGGCUAACUGUAGACUUUUGGACUACGACGCCAAAUAUGGUCUCGGCUUCUUAGUUGACGAUAAGCGUUACAACGUAACAUUGACACGAGCUAAAGCCAAGCUGAUCAUAAUUGGCAACCCCACGUGCCUGACGCGCGAUGUAAAAUGGCGUAAAUAUAUGGAUUACUGUCGACAGAGAAACAGUUAUUACGGACAUGAAACACAGCAGAUAGAAAGAAGCUCCGCUCUACUGACAGAAAUAGCUAGGUCAAGAUUCGAUAAAUGCCGACUCUCUGACUUUAUAAUGCCGAAAGUUGAAACUGUUACAAAGAAAAAUAAAAAGUAGAUGCUUUUGAUUUUUAAACUUUUAA